AUGUCUGAUCCAACAAUUGCACGCCGCUUACCUGUGCGUGAUAAUAUAAAACGUCGAAUACGAAUGUUGCGUCAAAAUAAUCAGCUUGUAAAGGUACCAAAUGAUCAAAAUUUUUCAUCUGUUCCGAUCCCGUUAACCAAAACUGUUCGUCAAGAUCAGUUUCUGUGCUGUGAUACUGGCCCAGGUGAAGAUAGAAUAUUAGUAUUCACAAGUGUUGAACAGAUUUAUAUUCUGCAGCACACAGAUGAAUUUCUCGUCGAUGGCACAUUUAAAGUCGUUCCCGAGAUAUUUUAUCAAUUGUAUAUUAUCCAUGGUGUUUAUCGUGACCAUGUGGUACCAGUAAUAUAUGCUUUAUUACGUCGAAAAAAUAAGGAAACAUAUCAACGACUCAUUAAUGAAAUACUAAAGUUUGCGCCUCGCUGA